AGUGCUAGCUAAAGCAGUAUGAGCGUUCCUAUGUCUGCCGGUCACAACUCGUCCGCAAUAAACGAGGAGCCGGUGUUGCCAGAGAAAUGCCAGCCCCCUCAUCAUUGCCGCUGUCCCAUUGAAGAGGUCGAGUGAGCUCGUACAGACACAGCGAGCGGCCAUGAGCGAGCCGAGCAUGCGCUCCGAGAUCGUGCUGACCGGCUUCGGCGGCUACGACAAGCUGGCGGUGCACGAGGCCACGGUCGCCGUGCCUUCGCUGCUCGACGACCAGCUGCUGGUGCGCGUGCGGGCGUGCGGCGCCAACUUCGCCGACAACUACGUGCGGCAGGGCCUGUACGUGCACGGACACAAGCGGCCGCCAUUUGUCAUGGGCAUGGAGGCCGCUGGCGACGUCAUCCGAGUCGGCAGCGCCGUCACCCGCUUCAAGGAGGGUGACCGCGUGAUGUGCUGGUGCUUCACUUACGGCCUGUGGACGAGCCUGGCCGCAGUGCCCGAGCAGAACUGCUUUGCCAUCCCGAACGGCAUGAGCUACAGUGAAGCCGCUGCCUUCCCCAUCAACUACGUCACGGCCUACCUCUCCAUCUGUGACUUCGGGGGCCUCCGCAAGGGUUACAAGGUGCUCGUCCAGGCGGCCGGAGGUGGCGUGGGCUGGGCAGCUACCCAGCUGUGUCACACAGUGGAAGACGUGACAGUGUACGGGACAUCAUCGGCGUCCAAGUUUUCCCUUACACAGCAGAACGGUGUCACCCACCCUAUAGACUACCAUACCGAGGACUUCAUCGCUGCAGUGAGAAAGAUGGAGCCUAAUGGCGUGGAUAUCAUCAUGGACUGCCUGUCCGGCGGAGAGUUUACCCGCGCGAGGGCCCUGCUCAAGCCUAUGGGACGCGCCAUCCAUAUUGGCGUGAGCAGCAUGGUGUGGGGCCAGUACUUCCGGCCGUGGAAGACGUUCCAGACGUGGUGGCAGACCAAGCUGGUGAACGUGUACCACCUGUCCAAAGACAGCCACGCCGUGUGCGGCCUCAACCUCGCCACGGUCUCCGAGAAGGAGCCCCAGCGCGUGCUCGACGUCAUGCAGCACCUCACCGAGCUUUACGAACAGGGAAAGAUCAAGCCGCACAUCGACUCCGAGUGGCCCUUUGCCGAGGUUGCCAAGGGUAUGGAACAAUUAGUGGAGAGAAGAAAUGUGGGCAAAAUAGUACUUUUGCCUCCCGAAGAAGUCAAGAAGUGAUGUCAGAAGGACGAAUAACGGCGACGAACAAGGAAGCGGGAUUGCUGCCUGUUAUUAUAUCUUUUUUUUUUUACUAUUUUGAACCUCGUGUGAAGAAUAAAUUUCUAUUACGUGCGGC